AUGAAGUGGCGGAAGAAAGAAAUGCCGUAUUCGAAUCCUUGUGAGAGCGAAAUCCAUCUUCCAGAUUAUGAAGAAGAGAAAGGAAUUUUUGAAUCUUUCUUGGAUUACCUUCCUCUGACAUUCUGGGAAGAACAUGCACAACAAACCAAUUUGUAUUCAGUUCAAAAACGACAACAUAAAUCUGUUAACACCAGUGGAGGAGAAAUGUUGCAUUUAGCUGGAAUACAUGUUGUUAUGGGAGUUCUGGGCUAUGCACAAAGUAAGCUGUACUGGCAGCAAGAUAUUCAGGUUCCAGUUAUUGCUAAGUGUAUGACAAGAGACCGUUUCUACGAACUGAGAAAUUAUAUGCAUUUUGUGGAUAACACAAGUGAGCACAUCGAGAAGCUUUGGAAGGUAAAACCUUUUCUUGAGUGUGUGCAGAAGAAGUGUCUGACCCUUCCAAGAUCACAUCAUCUUUCUAUUGACGAACAGAUGGUGCCAUUUUCUGGUAAAUGUGGCUUUUUGACUUACGUACCAUCAAAACCUAAUCCAUUAGGUUUAAAAUGCUUCAUUCUGGCUGCACCUGGUGGCCUUGUGUUGGACUUCAUGUUUUAUACUGGGUCAGAUACUGUGUCAGCUGAAGAUAAGAAAGAAUAUGGUCUCGGUGGAGCAGUUGUUAGGAUGAUGACAGAAAGUGUUCCUAGAGACAACCAGCAUUGUGUAUACACUGAUAGAUUUUUCACAAGUGUAAAAUCUGUAGACAUGUUGUUGGGAAGGAAAAUUUAUCAGAUAGGUACAGUUAUGAAGAACAGCUUGGGUCCAAUAGUGAAGAAAUUGAAAAAUGACAGACUAUUUCAACGGGGGGAAUGGGAAGAAUGGGUUAGGGAAGAUGAUAAAAUUUGUCUUAUUAAGUGGAAAGACAAUAAAAGUGUCCUAAUACUCUCAUCAUAUGUUGGAAGCAGCCCUCCAACCACAUUAAGAGGUGGUCAAGAGAACAGACAAAGAAGAUAG